AUGGACUCACCGGCCAUCGCGCGCAUCUUUCAACAACUGUUCACGAGACCAUCGCGGAAUUGCCUUCGACAGCAAUGCGCUCGCAGACAACCGUCUCUUCAAUCUUCAAUCGGGCCAGUUCAACAACGUCGAACAUAUGCACUUCGUCGCAAGCGAGAUGAUGCGGGAGGAGGCAGCACGUGGCAGCAGAGGAUCGAUGCCUUCCCCAAGGACAUGUCGCGACAGCUCAAGGAAUACCCCAUGGUCUCUGCACACGAUCUGCGGCACAGGACCCAGCGGCCACGGAGGGUCAAAAUGCUGACGAGGGAGUUUAUCGAUGACAGCCUGUACAAUCCCAACUACGGCUACUUUACGAAGCAUGCGACGAUCUUCAAUGCCGGAAAACCCUUUGAUUUUGCCUCUAUCAAGGACGGCGCCGAGUUCAAUCGCCUGGUGGACUUGAGCUACGUCGAAUUUGAAGAUGCUCUGGACGAGAUUGAGCCGGAUGAGACUCGACAACUUUGGCAUACCCCCACCGAACUGUUCCGGCCGUAUUAUGGCGAAGCUAUUGCGAGGUAUCUGGUCACGAACUACAAAAUGACCCUUUUUCCAUACCACGACUUGAUCAUAUACGAGAUGGGGGCAGGGAACGGAACCCUGAUGCGAAAUAUACUCGAUUACAUCUACGAAUACGAGCCGGAAGUUUACAGUCGGACCCAGUUCAAUAUCAUUGAGAUAUCCUCCGCGCUGGCCGAGUUACAAUUGACCAGCCUGCGACGGUCACCCUAUGCAGCAGAUCACCUGGAUCACGUACAGAUUCUCCAUCGAUCAAUUUUUGACUGGAAGGAAUACAUCCACUCACCUUGUUUUUUCCUCGCCCUCGAAGUCAUCGACAACUUCGCCCAUGACUGCCUGAGGUACGAUCCCGAAACAGAACAGCCGUUGCAAGGCAGCGUCCUGAUCGACGAAGACGGAGAAUUCUUCGAGUUCUACGACCGCAAUCUCGACUCUCUGGCACUGCGGUACCUCCGCGUGAGAGAGAUCGCUGCCCGCUCCCCGAUUGUGACUCCAAUCUCCCAAUAUCCCAGACUCCUGCGCCAGCUCCGGCAUUCCCUGCCCUUGUCGCCCAACCUCACCAAGCCAGAAUACAUCCCGACGCGCCUGCUCGAGUUCUUCGACAUCCUCAACCGAUACUUCCCGGCCCACCGCCUCGUGCUCUCCGAUUUCGACUACCUCCCCGACGCCGUCCCGGGCCUCAACGCCCCUGUCGUCCAAACGCGCUACAAGCGACGCAACGUGCAGGUCUCCACGCCCUUCGUGCACCAGGGCUACUUCGACAUCUUCUUCCCAACCGACUUCACGAUGAUGGAGGAUAUCUAUAGAGCUAUCACGGGCAAGUUGACACGAGUGACGAGUCACAGGCAAUUUUUGGAGAGUUGGGCGUUGGUGGAGCAGACGGAGGUUAGAAAUGGGGAGAAUCCCAUGUUGGCAUGGUAUUCCAAUGCUAGCGUGAUGACUACUGUAUAG